AUGGUUUUAGCAUUGAAAGAAUUAUCUAUUCGUGGUGAUUUUCGAACAACAGUUGAAUAUCUUAUCAAAGUAAUGGAAUCUGAAGCUUUUAUGAAUCAUAAAAUUGACACUGAAUGGUUAGAUACAAGAAUAGCACAAAAUGAUCAAGUUGAAAAACCAGAUAUCUUACUUGGUGUGAUAUGCACUGCUUUACAUAUUGCUGAUAAUUGUUUAAAACAAUUAUUUCUUAAUUAUGAAUUACAUUUAGAAAGAGGUCAAUUUCUACCGUCAAAAACGCUUACCAAUAGUGUUGAUGUAACUCUGGUAUCGGAUUCUACGAAAUUUAUUGUUAAAGUUCUACGCACUGGACCAUCGGAUUUCAGUUUGAUUUGUUGUGAUACUGUGUUAGAUUUAGAAGUACAUCGUGUACCUGGUGAUGGUUUAUUAAUAUGUCAUGAAGCUGCUAGCUAUAUGACUUAUUGUCAUGAAGAAUCUCAAGGUUAUCGCACAGUAAUCAAUAAUCGUACAAUGAUGUUAUGCAAAGAAACUGAUCCAACUGUAUUAAGAUCCCAUUCUGCAGGAAAGCUUCUUCAAUAUUGUGUCACAGAAGGAUCACAUGUUUGCGCGAAUGAAGUCUACGCUCUUAUUGAAGUCAUGAAAAUGAUAUUAGAGUUACGUGUUCCAACCUCAGGAAUUAUCACUUUGAAACGUAUACCUGGAGCGGUUCUUGAACCUGGUACUGAACUAGCGCGUAUUGAAUUGGAUGAGUCAAGUCAGCUGAAACCUUUACAAAUAUUUAGUGGACCUUUCACUUUACCUACCGAGUAUAAUAGCGAUAUUAAUCAAUCUACAUCAUCAUAUUCUCGAAAAUCAUUAUUUCUUCCACAAGUUAAUAUGCCUUAUUCAACAACAAAUACUCUGUAUCAAUCGAUUGAUCAUGUCAAAUCCAAUAUCCCCCCACAUCAUCAUCACCAUCAUCAUCUUAUGAAUGAGGAGUGGAAAUCUCUUGAUGCUAAAUCACCUUGUCAAUCAGAUUCUUUAUAUAACAAUAAUAAUAAUAGUAAUAAUAAUACCAUUUCUGUUUCUAAUGGAGAUUCAAUGUUAACAUUGCCAAAUUCAAAUUGUUCAAAUACCAAUGGAAAAUUACAUGUACAAUUUGCUAAAUUAUUUGCAUCAUUUGAACAAAUUUUAUUUGGUUAUUGUUUAUGUGAACCAUAUUUUAGUAAAUCAUUAAUUAAAAAUUUAAAUCAAUUCUUGUCAUUAUUGUAUAAUCCAUGUUUACCAUUGCAUGAAUUACAAGAUACCAUAGCACAUUUAAAAGGUCAACUACCACCUACAAUGGAAAAAUCGUUACGUCAUCAUACGAAAAUUUAUGCUGAUCAAGCAACAUCAAUCUUAGCCAAUUUUCCAUCAGAACAAAUUUUUCAAAUUACUAAUAAACAUUUAAAACAAAUUAAUCCUAAUGUCAGCAUGACUGAACAAUCAACAACAGAUAGUUCUGUGCUAGAAUUUCAACGUAUAACUCAACGUUUAAUUAAUUUGGCUGAACGUUAUCAACAUGGUUUACGUGGUCAUACAGUUCGUGUGAUAUCACAAUUAUUUAUGGGUUAUGUUGUGAUAGAAAAACAUUUUCAACAUGGUCAAUAUGAUAAAUGUAUUCGACACUUAUUAGCUAAAUGUCAAGGUUCCACUCUAUGGGGUAAUACACCGAAAUCUGGUAUAUGUCCAAGUGAAAAUACCAUCAUUCCAGAUGAUCUGUUACACAAUCUAAUUUAUCAUUUAGUUCCAUUUAAUUUUCGUAAUUUAAUUCAACCAAAUUCUUUAACAGAUAUUGUCUCCGUCAUAUUCUCACAUAGACAAUUAACAAUGAAAAAUGUAUUAAUUAUCAAUUUAAUUCAUUCAUUAGCUGAACGACGUGAAUUAUGUAUGACUGAGAAUUUACAAUAUUGUUUAAAAGCUUUAACUGAAUUAGGCGGUUCAAGAAAUUCGAAAGUUGCACUAGCUGCACGUCAAUUAUUGAUUUCAGUACAAACACCAUCGUAUGAAUUAAGACGAAAUCAGGUUGAAUCAAUAUUCUUGUCUGCAGUCGAUACAUUCGGUCAACAAGUUCAUCCGGAAUUAUUAUUACAGUUAAUUAAUUCAGAAACUGUUGUAUUUGAUAUUUUAACUGAUUUCUUCUAUCAUCCUAAUCAAGCUGUAGCUAGUGCUGCAUUAGAGGUUUACAUUAGACGUUCCUAUACAGCAUAUGAAUUAACCGGUGUUCAUCAUUUUCAAUUAUCUGGUGGUAGCUCAUUUUUUACAUUUAGAUUUAUACUACCAAAUGGAUUUGUUUCGAGUUCGUCAGUUGUCAAUAGACGUCCUUCGGAUUGCGAAAAAUUGAAUUCUCAAAAAUCUAAUAAUUUAGAACAUUCUAUUCAUUCCCCAAUCGUUGAAAAUGUUCAAAUUCUUAACAACUCUUCAUUGUCAUUCAACGCAAUGAAUUCUAAUGCACAAAACUAUACUACUAACAAUAUUAAUAGUAAUAAUAAUAAUAAUCUCAAAUUAUCUCUGAAUGGUUUUCAAAGUAUGAUUGAUAUGGAUACUACUCCAUUGUCUGGUGAACGUAUGGGUGGUAUGACCGCAUUUAAUUCAUUAAAAGAUUUAGAAGAAUCUUUCGAUGAAUUAAUCCGAUUAUUUAAUUCAGCUUGUAAAGAAUCUGAAAGUAUGCAUACUUCAUUAUCUGAACCGAUAUUUAACUAUUCGCAUCAAUUCACAUCGAAUGUUGUUUGUCAAAAAUCACAAAAUCAUAAAAUUGCAAAUAAUGAAGCAAAAUUAAUCAGUUUUCAAGAUCCACCUUAUCAAACAACUGAUCCUCAAGGAGAACCAAUACAUAUAUUAAAUAUUGCUCUACGUCAAUCAACUGACAGAUAUGUGCAACCUAAUCGGAUGUCAUCAGCAUCAUCCACAUCAUUGAAUGAUGAAACAUCAGUAGUACCUUCUAAAUCAAAAACAACUGGAUUCACUAAUAAUUCAUCAUUACUACCACCUGAUUCAAUGAUCAAUGAAACAAGUGAUGUGACACAAUUAGAAGAAUUCUGUUCUCGUCAUGUUGAUCAAUUAAGAGCAUCUGGAAUUCGUAGAAUUACUUUUUUAGUUGUUAAAACACGAGAAUUUCCACGGCUGUAUACUUUUCGUGCACGUGAUAAUUAUCGUGAAGAUAGAGUUUAUCGACAUUUAGAACCAGCAUUGGCUUUUCAAUUAGAAUUAAAUCGUAUGAAAAAUUAUAAUCUUGAACAUUUACCAACAUUAAAUCGUCGUAUGCAUUUGUAUUUAGGUUGUAGUAAGAUCAAUGGACGGAAAGAUGUAGUGGAUUAUCGAUUUUUUGUCCGUUGUAUUAUACGUCAUGCGGAUUUAGUGUCACGUGAAGCAUCAUUUGAAUAUCUUCAAUCAGAAGCGGAACAAAUUCUGUUGGAAGCAAUGGAUGCCUUAGAUCUAGCAUCAGGACAUCCGGAUGCAAGUCGAACAAUGGGAAAUCAUAUAUUUUUAAAUUUUGUUCCUGUUCUACUAUUAGAAGAUAUUAACCGGUUGAAAUCCACAAUUAGACGAGUUGUAAUGCGUUAUGCUCGACGUUUUCUACGUUUACGUGUAUCACAAGCUGAACUAAAACUACAUAUAAGAUUUCAUGCAAAUGAUCCUAUUGUACCAAUUCGUGUUAUGCUUCGUGAUGAACAUGGUUAUGAUUUAGGAUUAGAUGUAUAUCGUGAAGUAUUCGAUUCAGAAACUGGUAUAUGCAUUCUACAAUCAAUAAGUCCACUUAAUGGUCGUUUAAAUGGACAUCCAGCAGUAACAGCACAUGAGAAUAAAGACUUUUUUGAAGUUAAACGUUUUCAGGCCAGAAAAUUCAAUACUACUUAUGUGUAUGAUUAUCCUGCAUUGUUAGCUCAAGCAUUAACUGGUGUCUGGCAAAGUUAUUGUCCAUAUAUCAAUUGGAAACAUCAUGAAUCAUCGGAGAAUAUGACAAAUAAUCAUGCUACUGCAUUGGACAAAUCAAUACAUCAUGCGAAAAAUAAUUCUCUAUCAGAAAAAUUUCAUAAUUUAAUCCCAUUACAAAUACCAGAGAAUUUAAUGAUUAAUUGUAUAGAAUUAUCAUUAAAUAAAUAUGGUAAUUUACAACCGAAUACAAAUACUUUAGGUACAAAUGAGAUUGGAAUGGUUGUAUGGUAUAUGGUAAUACGUACACCAGAAACUCCAUCAGGUCGUCCAAUUAUUGUGAUAGCAAAUGAUGCAACAGUUAAAGCCGGUUCAUUUGGUCCAGCUGAAGAUUUGACAUUUCAUCGUGCCAGUCAAUUAGCUCGACAUUUUGGUAUUCCACGAUUUUAUUUAGCAUCCAACACCGGUGCACGAAUAAAAAUUGCUGAAGAUCUUAAAAGUGUAUUCAAUAUUGCAUGGAUUGAUUGUGAACAUCCGGAAAAGGGUUACAAAUAUAUAUACUUAACUCCAGACGAUUACUAUCGUUUCAAAUAUGAUGAAGCGGUAAAUUGUGAACGAAUUGAAGAAAAUGGAGAGAUACGUUAUAAAAUAAUUGAUAUUAUUGGCAAAGAAUAUGAUAUGUCUGCUGAAAAUCUUCGUGGUUCAGCUAUGAUUGCUGGUGAAACAUCGGCAGCAUACGAUGAUAUAUUCACUAUUACAGUAGUUACAAAUCGUGCUAUCGGUAUUGGAGCUUAUUUAACACGUCUUGGUCAACGUGUUAUUCAAGUUAAUAAUUCACAUAUCAUACUGACCGGUGCUAUGGCUCUUAAUAAACUUCUUGGUCGUGAAGUAUAUUCUAGUAAUAGUCAAUUAGGCGGUGUACAGGUUAUGGCAACAAAUGGUGUUUCACAUUUGGUUGCAUCCGAUGAAUUGUCCGCUUUACAAUUAGCUAUUGAAUGGCUUAGUUAUAUACCACAAUAUACAAAUAAAACAUUUUCAGUUUUAUAUAAACCAAUACAAAUUGAAAGAGGACAUUAUCAUUUAAAUCAAACAAAUCAUAAUUUCACUAAUAUUGACAUGACAUCAUCAUCAUCAUCAUCACAAUUGAAAGUGCAUCAACCGAAAUUCAAUAAACCAAUUGAUUUCUAUUUACCAUUUGAUCCAAUUGAUCGAAUUGUUGAAUAUGUACCUAGUCGUGAUCGACCAAAUGAUGAUCCACGUUGGAUGUUUACUGGGAUUAUGAGUUCUCAUUUCGAAGCAUUUUGUAAAUCCUCUAGUAAACAAUCUUCUUCAACUGACCAACCAUUUGAUAGUGCACAUACUGAUCGUUGGAUAUCAGGAUUUUUCGAUUGGGGAACAUGGCAAGAAACAUUAUCAUCAUGGGCUGCUGGAGUUGUAACUGGUAGAGCACGUUUAGGUGGUAUUCCAUGUGGUGUUAUUACAGCUGAAACAAGAUCUGUUGUUUGUCGUGUACCUGCUGAUCCGGCUAAUUUAUCAUCUGAAGCACAAAUUGUUAAUCAAGCUGGUCAAGUAUGGUAUCCAGAUUCAGCGUAUAAAACUGCACAAGCUAUUGCUGAUCUGUCACGUGAACAUUUACCUUUAUUCAUUUUUGCUAAUUGGCGAGGAUUCUCUGGUGGCAUGAAAGAUAUGUAUGAUCAAGUAUUGAAAUUUGGUUCAAUGAUUAUUGAUUCAUUGCGUCGUUACACAAAACCGGUGUUUGUUUAUCUUCCACCAAAUUCUCAACUACGUGGUGGUGCAUGGGUAGUGGUAGAUCCAGCGAUUAAUCCAGAUUUUAUGGAAAUGUACGCUGACCCGAUCUCAUCACGAGCUGGUGUACUAGAACCUGAAGGUACAGUGGAAAUUAAAUAUCGAGAAAAAGAUUUAAUCAACACAAUGAAUCGAUUAGAUAAUUCAUGUAAAUUAUUAAUCAGUGAAUUAAAUAAUUUAACCGAGCAUUCAAACAGUUUAACAACAUUGAACAAUGUACAAGAGUAUAACAAUAAAAAAUUAUUAAAUAAUAUUUCAAUAGAAGAACGUUGUCAACAACUUCGUACAGCAUUAGAAUCAAGACAAAAAGAAUUAUUGCCGUUUUAUCAACAAGUGGCUUGUACAUUUGCUGAUUUACAUGAUACACCUGGUCGUUUAUUAGCUAGAAAACUUGUUCAUCGAUUAGUUGAUUGGUCAUCUAGUCGUAGCUUUUUUUAUCUACGUCUUAGACGUCGCCUGCUAGAAUUGUCAGCAUUGAAUCGUAUUACUGGUCUACUGUCAACUACUACUAGUACAGAAGAUAUUCAUUGUCCAAUUGAUAGAAAAUAUAUAAUGACUACGCAUAAUAAUGUAUCAUGUUUAAAUUUUAAUUGUGAAACAUCUAAUAAAAAAAGUAAAGAGAUUUCAUUGAAAGCAAGUGAUGAAGCAGACGAUGCGAUCAAAUCGAAACAAUCAUCAAUAAAACUUCUAUGUAUUGAAAGUAAUCAUAGAAUACGUUUUGAUUCGGAAAGUUUAACGCAGACUAUUACAACACCUAAUGAUCUAACGAACAAUCCCGACGGAAGGUAUUCACUGCCAACAACCACUGUGAAACCGACUGCUUGUAAAAAAGAAGAAUUAGCUAGUGUGAUUGCGAAAAAAGUACCCAAUUUAGCUAUCAGUUACACAGAUCACACUGCUCAAAAAAUGUCACUUUUAAAGAAAUGGUUUAUUGAAGCAUUAAAUAGCAAUAAUAAUCAUAAUAAUCACACAAAUCUUCAAACAAACAAUGGUGUGUGUGCAAUAGUAAACCAAUGUUCACCUACAUCAACAACAUCAACAACCGCUAAUCAUCAUAACACAGUAGUUGAUAAACAAACUGUAACAUCGCUUGAUGAAUCGUUGACAAUACCGGAUCCUUAUGAAAUUUGGGAAAAUAAUGAUUUAAUUAUUGGUAAUUGGUUAGCCAAUGAAUUAAGCUGUAAUGAAUUGCGAGAAUUGCCAACUAUUGAAAGUAUUCAAGAGUUUUGUUCAUCCGAUAUGCUAAAUUAUUGUCUUUCAUUUACUGCAGUAAAUAAUUUCCCUAUAAAUCAUGUUAAUAUUGAUCAUUUAUUUAAACAAAAUAUAAUUGAAACAAAAAUUAAACAAUUGAACAAAGAACACUUAAUUGAACAUUUGAAACAGUGA